UCUUCACAGUGCUUUCUCUCUCUCUCUCUCUCUCUCUGAAAUGUCUAGGGGAAAAGCACCAGAGAUUGAAGAAAUUGACUAUGAAGUAUUUGCGGAUUUAGAACCACUUGAUCCUAAUCUCCCAUGGGACUGGGAUAUGGCCAGUAAGGCCAAAAAACAAAAACAAGCUAAAGAAAAACAAAUGGGGGCACCACCACCCAUGGUGGAAAAAGAUCCUCCGGAAGAAAGCCAUAGUUAUGUCAGCGCACAGCAGCAGAUGCUGCCCCCACCACCACCACCACCACCACCGGUGCUGGUGGAAGCGGCUGUUGAGACACAGAAAACGCCUGCUGAUGAAGGAUGUGGAGACGAAGUAGUGGUGCGACGUCCCGAUUGGCUGCCACCAGAUUGGUAUGUGAGGGCCCGGAAGAGAAAGAACGGCCAGCAUGCUGGGAGGCUCGAUAAGUAUUUUGAAGAUCCUACUCAGACAUACCAAUUUAGAUCGAAGAAAUAUGUUCUUAAUUUUCUUGAAUGUAAAGAGAUUAUGUCUGAUCGUCAGCGAAAGAAAGAGAAGGAGCACUACAAUGGUAGUGCUGGAGUUCCAGAAUUCAAGCCCCCGAAGGUGAUCGAUUCACUCAUAAUAUUCCCAGAAGACUUUGGCAAAAUAAAGGAAAAGGAUUGAGAAGAAGUCAAAGAAAUUUUCAUUUUCUCUUUCAUUUCAUAUUCAAAACCUUCAAUAAACAAAUACUAGGUCAUGUUGGGAACUGUUUUCUUCUUUGAAUAAUUUGAUAGUGAUGAUUGUAGUAUU